AACGAAGGUAAGUUAAGAUGUUGUGUGCCAUAUCAAAAGAAGAGUUCCUCUUCCUUGUUAAGAAGCAUUAUGAUGUUCUCAUAGUUGCGCUACUGUUUUCUAUCGGAGUUGCAUUUUUCGUAUCCAAAUUAGCAUGGAGAAAGGCCACAGCAAGUUCCAGAGGUUACAUCCCUGGCCGACUGGGGUUACCCUUUAUAGGUGAAACCGUUCCUUUUUUGUCAGCAGUCAAGAGCACAGGAGGAUGCUAUGAGUUUAUCAGACUACGGCGAAUAAGGUACGGGAAGUGGUUCAAGACGAGAGUUUUUGGCAAGAUCCAUGUGUUUGUUCCAAGUACAGACGGUGCAAGAAUGAUUCUUUCUAAUGAUUUCGUCAAGUUCAACAAAGGGUAUAUGAAAGCAUUGCUAGAUUGUAUAGGAGAUAAAAGCUUGUUCACUGUAUCACAUGAGAACCAUAAAAGGAUAAGGGACUUGUUAUCAGAUCUUUUCUCCAUGAACUCUUUAUCUUCAUUCAUCGAGAAAUUUGAUAAAAUGCUUUGUCAGAGACUAAAGAAAUUAGAACAAGGUGGGAAAAGCUUUUCUGUGUUUGACUUCAGUAUGAAGAUGGCAUUUGAUUCGAUGUGCUGCAUGCUAAUGAGCAUCACGGAUGAGGCCUUGCUACGGCAACUUGAGAAAGACAUCACUGCAGUGUCAAAUGCAAUCUUUUCUGCUCCUAUCAUGAUUCCAGGCACUAAAUAUUACAAAGGCAUCAAGGCUCGCAGACGUAUAAUGGAAAUCUUCAAAGACAUGAUUGCAAGACGGCGAAGUGGGGAAGAGUGGCCAGAACCUGAAGAUUUCCUACAGUCAUUGUUACGAAGAGACUCAUACCAUCCCGAUGAAAAGCUCCAAGACCCGGAAAUCAUGGACAACUUGAUGACCCUUUUAAUUUCAGGGCAGGCCACCACUUCAGCUACACAGAUGUGGAGUGUCAAGUUUCUGGAUGAAAACCAACAAGUCCAAGAUAUUCUCAGGAAGGAAGUUUUGUCAAUAGCUAGAUCCAAGCCCGAAGGAGCAUCAGUCACCCUCGAAGAUAUUAAUAGAAUGCCCUACUGUUGGAAGGUUCUUAAAGAAACAAUGAGGAUAUCAAGUGUGGUUAUGUGGUAUCCUCGCGUUGCACUCGCUGACUGUACUAUAGAAGGUUUUGAAAUAAAGAAAGGGUGGCAUGUGAACGUUGAUGCGAAAUGCAUACACAACGACCCAGAAUUGUACCCAGACCCUUCCAAAUUCAACCCUUCUAGAUUUGAUGAACUGCUGAAACCUUACAGUUUCAUACCAUUUGCGUCAGGACCCAGGACAUGCUUGGGAAUCAAUAUGGCCAAGAUGACAAUGAUGGUCUUUCUUUACCGUCUCACUUCUGCUUACAGCUGGACAGUCGAUGAUCUUGAUACCAGUCUCCAAGAGAAUGCACAUUUUCCUAGACUGAGGAGUGGUUGUCCCAUUACCUUGAAUCCCUUAUAAGUAAAGGGAGUAAAACUAGUAGUAUUGUACUGAAAACUUUUCUGUACGUGCAUGUAAUCCAAUCUAGAACGUUAUUGCCUACU